GUUCCCAUCGAUGCCGCACUCGGUACUUCGCUCCGCAGACAGUCAUCAGUCUUCAUCUUUGCGGUUUGUGGUAUUCGUACUGCAGUGCGUGCGUAAUUCGACUUUACCGGAACAUUCAAUACAAAUCAAUUAAACUCUAUUCAUUUGUUCCGAAGGUAAUUUGAUUUUGAAAAAUGGCAUGCUCUAAAACUCUCCAGCGAUCAGCUGCUUUACUUCGAAGUCCGGGUGCCUUUGAGAAUUUCGUCGGUCAUCGAUCAUGCUCAUGGUGGGGCGCCGUACAGAUGGGUCCCCCGGACGUCAUCCUGGGCGUAACGGAAGCAUACAAGCGGGACACCAAUCCAAAAAAGAUCAACCUCGGCGUGGGAGCUUAUCGGGAUGACAAUGGCAAGCCGUUUGUGUUGCCCAGUGUACUCAAAGCCGAAAAGCGUCUAGCUGAGAAGCUACUGGACAAAGAGUAUUCACCAAUAGGCGGAACAGCCGAGUUUUGCAAGCACAGCAUACUGCUGGCUCUGGGCGAGGACAGCCAGCACGUAGCCAACGGACAGAACGCAACGGUGCAAGGUAUCAGUGGAACCGGUGCACUGCGAAUAGGAGGUGCCUUCCUUUCCGCAUUUUUCCCGGGACCAAAAGACAUUUAUCUGCCGACGCCAUCGUGGGGUAAUCAUGGACCGAUCUUCCGUCACUCGGGAUUGAAUGUUAAGUCCUACCGAUACUAUGACCCCAGUACUUGCGGAUUUGAUUUCAAGGGUGCGCUGGAGGAUCUAUCGAAAAUUCCCGAAGGCUCGGCCGUACUGCUUCACGCAUGUGCCCACAACCCGACUGGCGUGGAUCCACGCCCAGAACAAUGGGCCGAAAUUUCGGCACUCUUCAAGAAGCGUAAGCUAUUCCCCUACUUCGACAUGGCCUACCAGGGCUUUGCUAGUGGCGACGUCGCCAAGGAUGCUUUCGCCGUGCGUGCCUUCCUGAAGGAUGGUCACCAGAUUGCCUUGGCUCAAAGCUAUGCCAAAAAUAUGGGCCUCUACGGUGAGCGUGCCGGAGCCUUCUCACUCGUCUGUUCCGAUAAAGACGAAGCCGCUCGUACAAUGUCACAGAUCAAGAUUCUGAUUCGUCCAAUGUAUUCCAAUCCACCAAUUCACGGUGCUCGACUGGUGACGGAAAUAUUGAGCGACCCGAGUCUGCGCCAGGAGUGGCUGGGAGACGUUAAAUUGAUGGCCAAUCGUAUUAUUUCGGUGCGAUCUAAACUGCAGGAUAAUUUGAAGAAGCUAGGAUCCACCCGGAACUGGCAGCACAUCACUGAUCAAAUUGGCAUGUUCUGUUUUACUGGUAUGGAUCAGCAGCAGUGUGAGAAGCUGACGAAGGACUUCAGUGUGUAUUUGACCAAGGACGGUCGCAUUUCGAUGGCCGGAGUCACUACGAAAAAUGUGAACUAUCUGGCUGAAGCUAUUCAUGCAGUAACCAAGUAGGAUCAUCAGCUAGUUGCUUAUUUACUGUCCUGUCGUGAUCCAUGAAAUAGAUCGCGAUCGCGGAAGCUGUUUAUUUUUCUAUCCGAAAGGACUCAUUUAGAUGAUGGCAUUUAAGGGUUCUGCUUUUGCCGAGCUUAUUGAUCAAUCAAAUUGAUUUCAGAACCGUAAAGUGAUUAUUAUCCGUAGUUUGUAUCAAUCCAGGAUUAUGUUACAGCAAAUUAAACUUAGAAUAUACAGGAAAAAGUGCUUGUCAAAA